GCAUCACUUCGCUUGUCUGGACAGGAGUUGAUGAUCGAAAAAAUUAAUUUCCCGCUGCGGUUAGCCAUGAGCUGUCUGGAUGUUAUGUACCAAGUCUAUGGUCCUCCGCAGCCUUACUUUGCAGCAGCUUAUACUCCCUAUCAUCAGAAACUAGCCUUUUACUCGAAAAUGCAAGAAGCUCCUGAGAGCAGCAGCAAUGCCAGCACCAGCAGCGGGAGCUCGUCCUUCUCCAGCAACACUCCGGCCAGUAUCAAAGAGGAAGACUGCAGCCCGGAGAAGGAGCGCCCCCCGGAGGCAGAGUAUAUCAACUCGCGCUGCGUCUUGUUUACGUAUUUCCAAGGUGAUAUCAGCUCCGUGGUGGAUGAACAUUUCAGCAGGGCCCUGAGCCAGCCCAGUAGCUAUUCGCCUGGUUGCGCCAGCAGCAAAACUCCAAGAAGCUCUGGGUCCUGGAGGGAUGGCUCCUUCCCGAUGAACCAGCGCAGUUUUCCCCCUUCGUUCUGGAACAGCACGUACCAGCCAGCAGUCACCGCUUCCUCACUGAGCAGUCCAUUGGCUGCAGCCCAUAGUGACCUGCCCUUCGCUGCAGCAGACCCCUACUCCCCAGCCUCUCUGCACAGCCACCUUCACCAAGGAGCAGCUGAACCCUGGCAUCAUGCACACCAUCACCAUCAUCACCAUCAUCACCACCCGCACCCUCACCCUCACCAUCCUUACUCCCUGGGAGGGCCAAUCGGGGCCCAGGGCACUGCCUUUCCCCGUCCUACCUCCAUGCAUGAAGUCUAUGGCCCCCACUUCGACCCCCGCUACAGCUCACUGCUGAUGCCCCCAGCCUCAGUCAGGCAGCACCGCCUCACACCAGCCUCAGUGCCCACGCCAGUCAGCCCACCCUGUGAACUGGGCAAAAGCGAGUCAGCUGGCUCAGCAUGGACCACGCCAGGGGCGCCCUUUCCCAGCCCGGCGGGAGACAUGGGACAGAGCCUGGGCCUCAAUGUGGACUCAGGUUUGCAGCCUCAGGACAAAAGCAAGGAUCUAUACUGGUUUUAGACUGCCCUCCACUUCUUCCUUGUAGGUCUCUGCCUAGUACAAUUGGUGACUUUCAGAGCUGAAAUCGAGUUGGUUUGUAACAGCUUCUGAUCUUGGUUUGCAGCUCGCCGUUAUUCCUUCUGUGGUGGAUCCCUCCUGAGCUGAGCUGAGCUGAUCUGAUGACCGCAAAGGUCCUGAGUUUUCCCUUUCUUUUCCCUUCAGACCAGCCCACCAGGCUCAACAUCCAUGCCCCUCACUUCAGGGAUGAGAACAGGGGGAAAGGCAAAGACAUCAAACUACCUGGUGUAUCAGGAAAAAAACACAUGCAAACAUACCCUUAAAGACUUGGUUCAAAAGAAAUGCCUUCUGCCCAAGAGCAUAUCCAAAGACCCUCAACUUGAUUUAACAACUUUUUGGUUGAUUCACAAGAAAUAUCUGUGGUCAGCUUUGGUAGCUGGGUGAACAUUUUAUGUGGUGAUAUGAAAUCACAGGAUGUGGAAAAGACUUUUGUGGUGUGAACCUAUUUUCUGUUCAUGUGGAUUCUCUUGUGUAGUGUGAGGGUAACACUACGGACUUCAAAAUACUCCAGUUCUAAAGUGGAUUUGCAUUUUGCAUCAAAGAAGUAAAAGGAAAGAUGUCACUCCCUGUCACAUCUUCAUUCCUGCCCCCAAUCUACUUCCCACUCCUCCGUCUUCUUCCCCAAACAACAACAAAAAACCACACAGACUCUUUCCUUUGGACUAUGAACACUGGGCAAGAUGGCUCAUCCUGACUAUGAAUGGCAAGUGGCUUAUCUGGGGCCACCUGCCCUGGGCUUACUAAAAUGCAGCUGUUGUAAGGACAACUGUUCAAACUCCAGAAAUACAACAACCGAGGUGGCACUUCACAGCGAUUGGCACAACAAUUGUAUUGGAUAUAUCUAUUUUUUUUACAAGGAACAUUUUAUGAUGAAACAUGAAACUCUUCUCCUCUUCUCUGCCCCUUGUAUCACAAAUUUUGCCGCCCCCCCCCAAGGGAAAAAACACACACAACAAAAAACCCAAACAUUGACAAAAUUCAUGGUGAACUGAAAAAAAAAAAACCCAAGGAAGGGAAAUGUCCGGAAAGUACACUAUGGACAAUUAAUCUCAAUUUCUUCUAAAACUUCUUUGUAGUAGCUGUGUUUUUCUCAUUCUGUCACUUUAGAUGUUUCAUGGGGUGAGGUGACGAAAUGGGAGUGGGGGUAGUAAGGAGGAUGAAACAUACAUUAAAGAUAUCUGUUUAUUAUAUCUUCAUUGUGUUGCUUCAUAAAAAAAUACACUUCCUAUCAUUGUUUCUAGUGGAAUAAAAAUG